CCCGGAAGUGUGUAGGAUUUUCGCCUGGAAUAAAUUGACAUGGUUGUUUUCAUGCCAGUGUUGGAGAGAGAAAAAAAAGUUACGUUGGUGUGAGCAGAUCCAAUGUAACGAGUUCGUCUUAAAACCCGUCGAAGUCUUUUAAGAGCUUUUAUACAACAAUUCACAGCCAGGGAGGGAAACAAAGUCACAGUUGAGAGAAUUUUCCCGCCUGUUUUCCACCUUCUGCCUCCGUGUGGGUUUUUCUUCUGGCGGCGGCUCCACUACCAAGCACACGCCUCGACGUCCAGAAACUAAAAGCAGCAGCAAUGGGGAGCAAACCGGGCCCAGUUCAGAUAGUGACGGUGUGCAAGGAGGAUCACUCCUUUACGCUGGACGAGGAAGCGCUCGAGCGCGUCCUCUUGACCCCGACCGUGCGAGACAAAAAUGUGGUGGUGCUUUCGGUGGCCGGCGCCUUCAGGAAGGGCAAGAGCUUCCUGCUCGACUUCAUGUUGCGAUACAUGUACAGAAAGGGUGACGAAAACUGGCUGGGUAACGACGACGAGCCCCUGACGGGAUUCUCCUGGCGAGGUGGCUCGGAACCGGAGACGACCGGCAUCCAGAUCUGGAGCGAGGUCUUCCCCAUCCAGAAAAGUGAUGGAAGCGAGGUGGCAGUAAUGCUUAUGGACACUCAGGGAGCUUUUGAUAACCGGUCCACAGUGAAAGACUGUGCCACCAUCUUUGCCCUCAGCACCAUGACCAGCUCCAUUCAGAUUUACAAUUUGUCCCAGAACAUCCAAGAAGAUGACCUGCAGCACCUACAGCUUUUCACCGAGUACGGCCGGCUGGCCUUGGAUGAAAUCUUCCUGAAGCCUUUCCAGUCCUUGAUGUUCCUCAUCCGCGACUGGAGCUUCCCCUACGAGUACACGUACGGCUUUAAAGGAGGCAACGAAUUCCUGGAGAAACGAUUACAGGUCAAGGAGGCCCAGCACGAGGAGCUGCAAACGGUGAGGGAGCACAUCCACUCCUGCUUCACCAACAUUUCCUGCUUCCUGCUGCCACACCCUGGUUUGAGAGUUGCCACCAGCCCGACUUUUGAAGGACAACUUAAUGCGGUGGCACCAGAGUUCAAAGAGCAGCUGAAGAUUUUGAUCCCCGAUCUCCUGCAUCCCGACAACCUGGCCGAGAAGGAGAUCAAUGGAAACAAAGUCACCUGCAGAGGCCUGCUGGAGUACUUCAAGGCUUACAUCAAGAUUUACCAGGGAGAGGACUUCCCCCGAGAAUGA